AUAAAAAGAAUAGAAUCAUCCUCUACUCCCCAAAUAUAUUCCUCAAAUCCCCGAGUUAGCAAAUCAUAGGCGCCAAGAAAAUUUAGAAACCAUCUUCUACACACUAGAGACACAGGACACAGGACACAAGGCAGCAACAACAAAACAAUCCAGCAAUCAAGCAUCCGACGACCAUGAGCAUGUUAUCUCCUCCUUUCUCUCUCCUCCAGUCUUCCCAAUCCAACAGCAAACCGUUUGGAAUUGCAUUUGAUAUUGAUGGAGUUAUUCUUCGCGGUCGCCACACCAUUGGAGGUUCUGCUCAAGCUCUCCAGAGAUUGUACCAUCAAUCUGGUGCUCUCAAGGUUCCUUUUUUGUUCCUCACAAACGGAGGUGGAGUGCCAGAGACGAAGAGAGCAUUGGAGUUAAGUGAACUUCUUGGCGUGAAUAUUUUGCCUUCUCAGGUUGUACAAGGUCACUCUUCGUUUAGAAAUUUAUUGGGAAGGUACCAAAAUGAACUCAUUGUUGCUACUGGAAAGGGGGAACCUGCUUUGGUUAUGAGAGAAUAUGGUUUCAAGAAGGUGCUCUCCCUAGAUGAAUAUGCGUCAUUUUUUAAGGACAUUGAUCCUGUGUCACAAUAUAAGAACUGGACAACUAUGUCAAGAAUUGAUGGAAGCAACACCCUUAAAAAAUUGGCUUCUACUUGUGAUUUGUACACAGAGAAAGUGAAGGCAGCAUUUAUUGUUAGUGAUCCUGUUGAUUGGGGUAGGGAUAUCCAGGUUCUAUGUGACAUUCUAAGAUUUGGAAGCCCUGCUGGACAGGAGGAUGGAGGUCAACCGGCGUUAUAUUUUGCAGCUGAUGAUCUUGAAUACCAGGCUGCAUUUCCAGCUAAACGUCUUGGUGUGGGGGCCUUUAGGAUUGCACUGGAAAGUAUUUAUAACAGAAUUCACCACACCCAGCUUAAGUACACAAUUUUUGGAAAACCCGAGCCUAUCGCUUUCAAGAAUGCAGAGGCCAUUCUUAGACAGCUUCAUUGCCAUAUGGAUCUUGACUUUCACGUAAAAGAUAAUCAAUCAAAUUAUUUCAGAGCGCUUUAUAUGGUAGGUGAUAACCCAUCAGUUGACAUUAAAGGUGCAAGACAGGCUGGAAAUCCUUGGAUACCUGUUUUAACCCGAACAGGUAUGUUUCAAGGUCAAGGAAAUCACAAAGAGCAUCCCGCAGAUCUGGUUAUGGAUACAGUCGAAGAUGCUGUUGACUACAUUUUGGAGAAGGAAUUCUGUUCUGGAUGUACAUCUGGUUAGUGCUAAAGCAUUGCAGCAGCACUACACUGCUUUCUGAAGCAUGUAUACGCUUGGAGUUUCAUUUUGGAGUUUCAUUACUAGUUUAUUGUUUGCCAAAGAAAUAAAAGUUAUACUCAUUGUUAGUUUUGUAUCAUCAUUGAGAGUUUCAUUUAUCUCAAGGGGAUACUAAAACAAAAAAAAAAAAAAAAAGGUACGUCAAGGGGAUGAAAUUCUCCUCGUUGAAUUUGUUGUAUAAUUGGCUAUGGAGUAUCAUUUUUGGUGCGUGGUUAGAUUUUACUAGCUUUGAGCCUUUGAGUCUUUGACUAAGUACUAAAUAUAGACAGGACGAUAUACUUUUAUCAUGUUGUAGCAAGAAUAAUGACUACUACUCCAUAUACAUAUUUUUAUUUAAAUAAAAUUAUGCCAUUUUUUUUA